AUGGUUUUAUUUAGAAGUAUUACAGGAGAAGAUUGGAAUGAUAUAAUGCAUGAUUGUAUGCGUUCCCCUCCAUAUUGUUAUUGGGCACCUUCUUUAAGUUAUUGGCAAAGUGAUUGUGGAAAUUAUAUGGCCGCAAUACUUUAUUUUUGUUCUUUUUAUUUAAUAAUUGCUUAUAUUGUUUUAAAUUUACUUGUUGCUGUUAUUAUGGAAAAUUUUUCUCUUUUUUAUUCUUCUGAAGAAGAUGCUUUGUUAAGUUAUGCAGAUAUUCGAAAUUAUCAACAAGUAAAUAAUCUAAACCUUUCUCCUAGUUCUCGGUAA